AUGCCUCUUUCACAGGUGGAGUAUAUGAGCGAUGUCUGGAAAGAUGAUCUCUUCGCGAACAAGGUUGUCUUUUGCACGGGCGGCGCCGGCACUAUUUGCAGUGCCCAGGUCCGCGCUCUAGUCCACCUUGGGGCCAAUGCAUGUAUCGUUGGUCGUAAUGUCGAGAGAACCGAGAAAGUCGCCCAGGACAUUGCCACGGCCCGGAAAGGAGCUAAAGUUAUCGGCGUUGGCGCCGUGGAUGUCCGCAAGUUGGACAAUCUGAAAGAUGCAGUCGAUCGAUGUGUCCGGGAACUGGGCGGCAUUGAUUUUGUCAUUGCGGGAGCAGCGGGCAACUUCCUCGCCUCGAUCGAGCAGUUGUCUGUCAAUGCAUUCAAGUCGGUUAUGGAUAUUGAUAUCCUGGGCUCCUAUAACACCCUCAAGGCGACCCUCCCGUAUCUGACCGAGUCUGCCGCUAAGCACCGAAUGGACUCAGAAACCCUCAAGCCAUCUCCGGCCGGCACCGGUGGAAGAAUCAUUUUUGUCAGCGCCACGAUUCACUACCGGGGCAUGCCCUUCCAAUCCCAUGUGUCGGUUGCCAAAGCCGGCAUCGACGCGCUAUCUCACAGCGUCGCUAUCGAAUACGGCCCCCGAGGAGUCACUUCUAAUAUCAUUUCGCCUGGUCCUGUUGCCCAGACGGAGGGAAUGGACCGCUUGCUGCCCUCGGACGCCAAGGCGGCAUACAUCAAAGCCCAACCGUUAGGACGCCUUGGACAUGUCCGCGAUAUCGCCGAUGCCACUGUGUAUCUCUUUUCGGACACGGGGAGCUAUGUGACCGGCCAGGUGCUUGUUGUGGACGGCGCGAACUGGCGCAUGUCGGCGGGUGGCGCAUCCGGCGGAAAAUUGUCCUACCCGGACUUCCUUCUUUCAGGUCAGGAUGUGCCCAACGUGACGGGCAAGAAGUCCAAGCUUUGA